AUGUUUGAUUCCGGUGAAGAGGCGACGCGGCGUCGGGCAGUGAAGCCGCAGCCGCAUGCACGGCGCCGAUACGCCACGCCACGACAUGCAUACGGUACCGUAAGGCACCGCCGUCGCACUUGCCGCCCUACCGGCAGGACGAGUCGCUAG